GACUACUGCGCAGUGUUUAGACGUACUUCCUCUGAGCCGUGUGUCUUAAUUUGAUUAAUUAAAAGUCAUUUUCAACAAUGGUAAACCGGUGCUGUAUUGUGGGGUGUAAGAGCGCUACACAUAAUCGCAAAGGGGAAAAAAUUGAAAAUGGAUUAACUUUCCACCGCUUUCCUGCUUGGAGACGCGACCACGGAGAACAAGUAUCCCAGAUUACAAAGAGUCGUCGGCUCGCUUGGGUCGCGGCUGUAAAACGUCCAAACAUUACAUUCCACAGUAUCCCGAUGUCGAUGAGAGUGUGUUCCCUGCAUUUUCAUUCUGGCAAACCAGCUUAUGAAAUGUUUGAGUGUCAUCCUGACUGGGCACCAUCAUUACAUCUUGGGCACACAGAAGUUAAAGCAGUGAAUCCUGAGCGGUAUAACCGUAGGACAAAGAGAAAGCAAGGUCUCAAACAGAACACUGCUGCACCUGCAACAUCACCAGAUCUGCCUGACCUAAUAUUGGAGAUAGAUGAUGUACCCCUGGUUAAAGAAGAACCACUGGAUGAAGAUGCACCACCAGAUGAAGAUGAAGUUUCACAGAGGUUACAGAUGGAUGAGGCUGCACCAAAGGAUGACCUUGUAGAACAGAAGGAAUGUAGUUUCUGUGACUGUAGACGUGCUGAAAUUAACCGCUUAUUAGAGGAGAACAGGUUACUGAAGGAAGAGCUCUCCAAAAAGACAAUCUCUGAGGAUUUUUUGGGAGAUGAUGAGAAGGUCGAGUACUACACUGGACUGCCAUGUUUUGCUGUUCUAAUGGGUGUGCUGACGAAGCUUCUUCCCUGCCUAGCACAGACACGAUGCAAACUAUCGCCUUUUCAGAUGCUCUUCCUAACUCUGAUGCGCCUGAGGCUGAAUCUGCCAAUUCAGCACGUUGCACAUCUCUUCUGCAUAGAUCAAAAGACUGUGUCCACAACGUUCAGAGACACCAUAGGUGCCUUGUUUACCCACCUCAGCCCUUUGGUGCACUGGCCAGAGAGACAUUGCCUGAAGGGCGGCAUAUUACAACAGUUUGUAGAAAUUUUUGGCAAUCAUGUUGCGGUUAUUGUAGACUGCUUUGAAAUUAACACUGAGAGAGCAUCAAAAGAGAAUUCUAUAGCACAGACAUCUUCACAAAAGCACACACUCAAGUAUCUCAUUGGCUUUACUCCACGUGGAGCUACUGCUUUUGUUUCUAAAGGGUGGGAAGGUGGUGUCAGUGACAAGGAUGUGAUUGAGAGUAGUGGCCUUCUUGAUAAGCUAUUGCCUGGAGACUUCGUGUUGGUGGAUCGUGGAUUUGACACCGGGGACGUCGUUGGACUAAUGUGUGCUGAAGUGGAAAAUCAAAAGCUGGUUCCAAAAGAUGAGGUGGAGACACGUAAGAUAGCUCACCUCAGGGUCCAUUUGAAGAGCGUGAUCGGAUGUGUGCGCACAAAGUACACCAUGCUAAGUGAGGCCGUACCAGUGAGCAUGAUAGCCCCACGUGAAGAUGAUGGAAUGAUAUUCCUUGACAAGGUUGUGACUGUGUGCUGUGCCUUUACUAAUAUGUGCCCCAGUGUUAUGAAACUGGAAACCAUGACAUAAACUGUACAUACAACAAAAUAAACGAGAACUGCUUAUCCUUCAUUAUCGUGUCUCAUACCACAUUACUAUAAUAAAUGAUGAAAAAUUA